AUGGCUAUUGAACUCCAGCACCCCGAGGCCCUUGCCACUCCUUCCCCUCAGUGGCCUUGGCGUCGUCUCAUCCGCUUCGUGACCGAGGACGGCCGCGAGGUCCUUGGCGAGCCAGUCGACGGCAACGUGGACAUCGGCCUCGCUGUCGCCAAAGGAGCUGCUCUCCAGGCAGAAAUCCUCGACGCCAAGUCGCCGUGGGACCUUGAUGCCCGCCGUACUGGUGAAAUUGCCGUGGUCAAGCAGCUCCUCUCGCCCCUCACGGCCGAGCAGGUCGGCACUAUCCGGGCCACGGGCCUCAACUACACCGACCACGCGCGCGAACUCGGCCUGGCCCUGCCUUCGGUCCCCGCCCUCUUCUUCAAGCCGUCGGCUGCGCUCGCCAACCCCGGUGACGAGAUUCCAGUGCCCACCAUGGCGCAGGACGACGAGAUGGACUACGAAGUCGAGCUGGCCAUUGUGAUCGGCCGUGCGGCACGGAAUGUGACGGCAAAGAACGCCCUUGACUACGUCUUGGGCUGGACUUGUGCCAACGACCUGACUGCACGCAAGCUGCAGGAGCAGUCGACACAGUGGGGCUUCUGCAAAGGCUUUGACAAGUUCUGCCCCAUCGGCCCGUGCAUCGUCUCAACGACGGCUUUGCCCGACCCGCGUGAUGUGUCGCUUCACACAUACCUCAACGGGGAGGAGGUGCAGUCGGGCUCCGCCAAGAACAUGAUUUGGCACGUCUCAGAAAUCGUUGAGUACGUCUCGAGAGGUACUACGCUUCAGCCCGGAACCGUCAUUCUCACCGGAACUCCUCCCGGUAUCGGCCAUUCCCGUGGACUGUGGCUUCGCGACGGCGAUGAAGUGCGCUGCUCCAUCUCUGGUGGCAUUGGUGAGUAG